UCUAAGGACGAAUUAUAAGAAAAAAAAAAUUAUUUAUCCCUUCAAUCUUUAUUAUAAUUAUUAUUUAAAAGCGUGUGGUUACUGGCUAGAUUGUAGGAAGUUGUGUAAUUCAUUAACAAUAAUAAUUCUAUGGACAGUUUUUCAUUGAUGUUGUAACUUUAUUGUCCAAAUAUGCCCACUACUCGAAAAAAGGUGAUAAAAACAGUCUAUAAAGACGACGAUAAUAGCGACGAUGGUGUGGGUGACUUUAGCGAUUCCGGCUCUGAGGCACACAUUUCAGACGAAACAGACUCAGAGGAUGAAGAAGAAAUUGAACAAAUAUCAGAUGACGACUUUGUCGAAAAUAAAAUAAAAAAGAAAAGAUCAAAACCGGUGGCGACCAAGAAACCCAUUUCUUUGAAGAAUCUCAUUAGUAAAGUAAACAAACAAUCACCUGAGGACAGUGGUGAUGUUUUGAUUUCAAUUAAAGACCUCACUGAGGAGGAUAAACUGCUACCUGCGAUUCUUAAUUUAUCAGAAAGCGAUAGCAGUGAUGAUGAAAUUACAAAUAAGCCAGCAAAGAAAAUUCCUCCAACUGCUGUUCCGUCAACAAGCGCUGCACCAAGAAUAGAUCCUGAAAGUGAUCAAGAAAUUGAUGCUGUAUAUAAAGAUGUAUGGUCAAAUAAUGUUCAAGAUAACAGUGAAGACAUUGCCAAAAAAGCUUUUAUGGAACUACAACAACACAACUCAAAGAUUGAGGAAACAAAAGCCUCAAUAGAAAAUUAUAUAAGUAAACAAAGCGGAGCGGAAACCAAUGUAAAAGAUUUGUUAGCUUUAGGUGAAGAGGUCUUACCAGUGGAAAAACCUGUAAAGAAGAAAAGUAGAAUAAAAAAAACAAAAGUGGAUAGUGAUUCUGAAGCAGAAGAUUGGGAGGAGGUAAAAGAAUCAAAAAGUAUACCCCAACAAGGAUUACAACUAUUUGUUGAAUUCCCUGAUGGUGGAUGCAAAAAGAAAAAAGCUGUUGAUGUGGAGAUGAUGAUGAAACGGAAGCUUAAUAGAGUUAAGAAAGAAUAUCAAGUUUACAUGCACAAAGUACAUGUUUUGUGCUGGUUAGGGCAUGGUAAUUAUGUCAGUCGUGUUUUAAAUAAUCAGGAAAUAAUGUCAGCUGCACUUUCAUUAGUGCCAUCUAAAGAAUGUUACCCUGGGGAAAGAGUUGAUCUGAAAUACAUAGAACAAAUAACAUCUUGGUUCAAAGAUAAAUUAACCUUGAAACAAGACCCAAACGAAGAUAAAUUCAAGCCUAAAGCUCCACCUCUCAUAGAAAUAUUACUAUCACAAAUAAAACGCAAAGUAGCUACUUCAAAGAAGUACAUGGUAUUUAUAUUUGUUGCAUUGUUGCGAGCUCUUGGCUUACAAUGUCGAGUUAUAUUUAAUUUCGUUACUUUACCUCUGAAGCCACCUACGUCUGAAUUAUGUUCGCUUUCUACAAAGCCUACAGAAAAGAAAAAAGACGAUAAGUCGAAAGAAAACACUGUAUCAAAUAAAAAGAAGGCAACAAGUGCUACUUCUAAGACAAAAUCUAAAGAAAAAGUUGCACAAUUGGAUGGUAGUUGCGAUAUAGAUCUGCUUGAAGUUUUUAAGAAUAUUAUUCAACUGGAUGGCAGUAAUGAUGAUUUAACUCCUAAAUCCAGAUCCUUAAGAUCAACACGAGCCAACAAAGGCAAAACUAAUGACUAUUCUAAUGAAAAUGAAGGUAUUUCACCACCAAAAAAAAUUAAGAGAAAUCCUGUUAGGUUUGAUAACGAUAAAGACACAACAAAACCUGUUGGUGUUAAAUUACCUCAAAGAGGAACAAGAAAUCUCCAAAAUAAGGAUAAACCAAAUGAUAUUAACACAUAUCAUGACCUAAAAAAAGAUUUGCUGCCUGACAAAGCUUUAAAUCCCAAAGAAAACAAUUUGCCAGGGAAAAAAACGCAGCUGAGCAAAACCAACAGCAGAAACAAUAAAGCAGGCAAUACUGCAAAUACACAAAAUACUGUAGAAUCACUUAAAAAAUCAUCUGAUGAUUCAGAAAAACAGAUUGAAUUGAAGCCACCUAAAAUCACUGUCACAAAUGAAAGUAAUGCAAAAGUUUCCAGCAUAUAUUUUGAAGGUCAAACAAAUGCCAAAACCAGCAGUAGACUUAGAUUAUCAAGAAAACGCACUCAUUCAGCUGAUUCUAACAACUCGCAAAUAGAAACUAAGGUAAAUAAUACUCAUACAAAUAAGGCAGCUAAACUAAGAACGAAAAGUGCUCCUGGUACUGCUCUACAAGUAACCAAAAGCCCCAAAGCACUAAGAAAUAAUGUUCGACAAACUAAAACACAAGAAACUUCUUCAUCACAACAACGAAUCAAUCAUAGAGAUCUUAUGAAAUCCAAAACAAAAGCCAAAAAUGAUGUAACUGGUGAGCUGAUUGACAUCAUCACAAACAGCAUAAAACAGGAGACUCCACAGUUUAAAAAAGGAAUCGGGAAAAGUAAAUUAAAAAUAGCAACAUCUGAACCUGAAGAUUCAGAUAGUGAUGAUAAUUUUAAGCCAACAAAAUUAAGCCCAAAACCCUCUACCAGCAAAGUUAUUGACCGCAGAGUUAUUUCAUCUGAUGAAGAUACAUGCAAAAAGAAAACUGAUGUGUGGUGUGAAAUUUUUGUGGAAGAAUUGGAACAGUGGAUUUGUGUAGAUAUAAUCGCUGGGAAGAUUCAUGACUCUGGUUUCCUCUAUAACCGCAGCACGCACCCUGUUUGCUAUGUUGUGGGCUGGGAUAACAAUAAUUACUUGAAAGAUUUAACUCGAAGGUAUGUGCCGCAUUGGAACACAGUAACUCGAAAACUUCGUGCGGAGCAGCCAUGGUGGAACAAGUCUCUACAACCUUGGUUAGGUCCUAAAACCGCCAGAGACAGAGAAGAGGAUGAGUUUUUAGACAAACAGCAGUUGGACGCACCACUACCCAAAAGCAUUGCAGAAUAUAAAAAUCAUCCGCUAUACGCACUAAAGCGACAUCUAUUGAAAUUUGAAGCAAUAUACCCUCCAGAAGCAGCUUCAUUGGGGUUUGUACGCGGGGAGCCAGUUUACGCCAGAGACUGUGUGUAUGUGUGUAGGUCGCGAGACACUUGGUUGAAGGAAGCAAAAGUAGUACGACUCGGAGAAAAACCUUACAAAGUAGUGAAAGCUCGCCCUAAAUGGGAUAAGAGCUCCAAUAAACUAAUAACUGACAAACCUUUAGAAGUGUUUGGGCCAUGGCAAGUACAAGAUUAUGAACCACCCGUGGCUGAGAAUGGAAUAGUUCCUCGUAAUGCGUAUGGAAAUGUUGAGUUAUUCAAGCAAUGCAUGUUACCUAAAGGCACUGUGCAUAUUAAAUUACCUGGAUUAAACAAAGUUGCCAGAAAGUUAAAUAUCGAUUGUGCACCCGCGAUGACUGGUUUUGAAUUUAAUGGUGGCUGGUCCCAUCCAGUUUACGACGGAUUCGUAGUAUGUAAAGAAUUUGAGGAAGUCAUCACAGAAGCAUGGGUUGCGGACCAAGAGGAACAAGAAAAAAGAGAAAGGGAAAAGACGGAUGCUAGAGUUUAUGGCAAUUGGAAAAAGUUGAUUAAAGGCUUACUUAUACGUGAACGAAUUAAAAACAAAUACGGGUUUGAAAAUCCUUCUACCUCACAAGCUAAUAAGAACAAAACAAAAACUCCGCGCUUCGUCGCCAAGAAAAAAUAACUGCGUUUUAAAUAAAGCUGAGAAUGUUUUGUUCAAACUAAGCUGUUGAUAUUCAUAACUUUAUUAAUACCACAUAACAGACCUUAAAGGUCUCUAGCGUAGAAACGUUUGUUGUAUUUUACCUCACUCCGCCUUAAUUUUAUAAUAAUUAUGUGAUUUGUUAUUGGUAUUUUUAGCAAGGGCCGUUUAAUAAAGUAUCCCUUAAUAUA